GGUGCUUGAGUAAGUACACUUGAGCGGCGCUCAUGAAAGAGUCUGAUACACAGUGGGAAGAAAAUACCGGGAUGAGGAAUAUUCUACAGUGAACUCAUAAUUUUUUCCUGCGUCAAGCCUAAUUGAACAUAAUGUCUGUUAAUCUGUUUCGUUAAUUUAACUUUAAAUUUUGCCAUUUCACAAAACGUUGAACCGCACUUGUAUAUAUAUUGAGCAACUAACUAAGUUUCCUUUAUAAAAUAGUCACGUUGGUGAGAUAUGAUCACGUUUAUGCUUUACUUGUACAUUUUAUAGACAGGCUAUUGCUAUGAUGGAAUAAUAAAUGUUGUAUUUCAAAUAAAACUUUUUCCUGGUACCACCGUCCGUGUUGGAAGAUCAAUACACAUCGUCUUUGUGUGCGUAAAUUUAAAAUAAUUUCAACUCUAACUACUUUAACUAUCAUCUACAUCGAUCUGUUAUCAUAAAUUCAAGCCGUGAUGUCGCUAUUCACUGCAUGCAUUAAAAUGCUGCCGCUGCUGAUGCUGACAAGCAGUGCCGUGCUGACUCGUGAUGCUGUCCAUCAGUCGGCCAUAGAUUACGGGGCGGUGGUGUGGACGGUUGCAGGACGGGAAGCGCGGCUGGACUGCGGGGUGGUGACCACGUCUGCCGCUGGUGACGUGGUCGUGGUGUUGCUCUUCCACAACCACACCAACACGCCUGUGUUUGUGGUGGACGCAAGAACCCAGCCUCUGAUGACCGCCGCCAGAGAGGCCACUCGUAACGGGUCCCGCGUGCACCUCCUGCUGCAGCCUCACGGGGGAGAAGAUGCUGGGGGUGAUGGCCAUCAUAAUACGAGGGCGGGCGAGACUUCGGCGCUGCAGGUGCGGGUUUCGUCGGUGGAGGAGGCCGACGAAGGCGCUUACCACUGCCGGGUGGACUUCAGGACGCGGCCCAGCGUCAACACCCACAGCUUCCUGCGCGUCUUGGAAGGCCCUCGUCACCUGGAGGUACUCAGCAGCCAGGAGGGAUACUCUGGAGUGGCAGACUCGCCUGCACGCGGCAUCGUCGGCUCGUCACUCACCCUCGUCUGCCUCGCCACCGGGGGCCGGCCGCGGCCUGAGGUACAGUGGCUGGAGGGCGACCUGCUGCUGAGCGACCAGACCGACGUCCCGCCCCACGCCGGCGUCAGCAGACCUGCUGCUGACUCAGACGUCACCAAGGCCUACCUCACCAUCACUAACCUCACCAGGAAAGACGACGGCCGCCAGCUGCGCUGCCGCGCCCGCAACACGGCCGUCAUCGCCGGCCUAGCGCCGGCCCUGACGCAGGUCGUGCGCCUCUCCCUCGUUGCCCCUGCCGAGCGCCUGGACAUGUGGAUCGUGGCCCCGGGCGGUGGCCCCGAGGAGCCCCACGACGAGGUUGUCAGCGUCGCUGUGGGGCGGCGCCUCACCCUGCAGUGUGAGGCCACCGGCGCCCUCGGCAGCUCCGGCCUCGCGUGGACGCUGGGGGGCGAGACGCUGGGCGACCAGGAAGGCUACGAGCUCGACGCGUCACGCACGUCAACCACGUUGCGCUCACGUCUAACGUUCACGACGCACGCGUACCACGACAACACGACCCUGACAUGUGCCCCGACGUACCCUGACAUGCUGGGCCACGCCUUACAAGUGGCCCAGCAAGCGGUCCUGGUACUUAGAGUGUCCGGACCACCAAGAGUGCGUGCUGGAGUAGAGGGAGGCACAGAGGGGAGUGUACAGGUGAGGGUUGGGGCGACCCUCUUGCUGCACUGCUUCGUCAGCUCGUCAUCGCCCCUGCGCUCCCUCUUCGUCUAUAGAAAUGGAGCACCGCUACGGGAGGUUCUGCCUGAGAAGAACACUUCUUCGCCUGUGCACACAGGUGACGCGUGGACAGGUCGACAGAAGUUCACACUACGCGUGCCCGACGUGACCUUACGUGACGUGGGCUCCUACACGUGCCACGUCACCAACCUUGUCGCCAGCACCGACAGCAACGUCGUCAGCGUGCUGGUCGUAGACAAGCCGCGAUGCAGCGAAGUUCCCGCAGUUGUGGGGAUCAGAGGGGUGGGCCCCACUCCCCCCCUCAGGUGCCCCACGGUCGCCACCCCCGCACCCCACGCCUACAGAUGGGCAGUGAGUGGCAGUGAUACGACGGCAGUGACGUCGUCCAAUUCCUGGUCACUGCAGGUCACAGAAGAUGUACAAUUCCCCCUGAACGUCUCCUGCUACGCCGAGAAUGUCGUUGGCGUCAACGAGCCAGCGUGCGUCGUACAGCUCGUUGCCCGAGGUCGCCCAGGUGCUGUGCAGCAGUGCACCUUUGCUCCGUCCACAGUCAACUCGUCAAGUGUGGACGUGGACGUUGUGUGUCUGGCGAGUUGGACGGGUGGACUGCCCACCAAUUACACCCUGCAAGUGGACAACCAAAAUGUCCUCGACCAACCGCACGAUGGCAACAUAUAUGCCGAGUGUCAAGCUGCCACGAUCCUAGAAUCCAAGAGAAUCGAGUUUCGUUUGCAAAGUCUCCACGUGAACCAUGAGUACGUACUCACAAUUUUUGCCAGCAAUGCCAUGGGUCGCAGUGACUCAGUUAACUACUCAUUCGGUCCCACCGUGCGUUCUGAGGACAACGUCGGGGCGAUGGUGACGAAGGCGGAGACUCACUUCGAUGGACUCAAGCUGAUCAUCAUCGUGUCGACGUGUGCGUUGGUGAUGGUGGUCAUCAUCGCAGUGGCACAUACUGUGUGGAGAGCUCGCACCACCAAGUAUGACCACAUCUCCACCGUGAGCAACUCGAGUCAGCACGGGGACAAAAAUGACUACUCCGACCAAGAGCUUUCAUACGUGCACUUCCCCAACGAAAUUGACCAAGAGGCGCUGCUGGGCCAUCAGAGGCGAGACCACCACCCAUCAGGAGGCCUACAUCCCGAUGGCCUCAGCGAGCUCCGCAGUUCUCGUCUGACAGUCUGGAGCUACCAACUGCCUCCACGCCACGAAUGCGUCACGCAAAAGCCUCAAUCAUCCUUCAAAGAUGAAACAUCGUUAAAUCCCAGUCGUUGUUUAGCUCCCGUCAACAACCCCCAGCAACCAAGUUACAUGAAGUUCUCUCAUGGGGGAUACGUUUGGCUCAACUCCAGCCCCUGCAUGCAAAAUCCUUAUGUCCCGUCUCGUGCAACUUAUGCCACAUCGGACGCAGGAUACCCGUUGCUUGUUGACGCAGGAUCUUCGUAUGUCUUUGAUGACAGAGUGCCUUCAUGUGAGAGCAGCAGAAAUGCUGGGCAACCAAUGAUGCACUUGCCAAAUGUAACUCAGCAGCUAAUCGAGAGAGAGAGGUCCAGAAACAGCAUCUCGUCGACCGUGUCCUCUUCAACUGCCUCGACGGUGGUGAUGAAUCCUGAUUAUGGCAAGAGUUCCAAAAUUUGUCAUGAACCGACGCAUGCUGAGCUCACUUCUGAAAACGAUCAAGCGGCAAACGCAGAGGCGCGCAGUCCUAAAGUGCAAAAAUCGACGUUUGUGCUGGCAGAAAUUGAACGAUCCGGGUUGUUGGAAACGAAUUCCGUGGUGAUUGGAAUAGAAAAAUCACAAAUCGACGAGACUAAAGUUGUCAUUCCAGCAGAGAGCAUAGUCUCCACGAAUGGAUCAGAAAAAAUUACUGCUCCUGGCCUGGAGAUUGACCUUGCCGAAGAAACAGUGAGUGAGAAACAACGCACAUCACAGGACUUAUUGAAUAAUAUUUCUUUGACCGGAACAGCAAUCUCAUCCGCUUUAUUGUCAAGUGACCCAAAUGAUGAAGAUCUUUCGAUGUCUGUUGAUGAGAGUAAUGCGGAAACAAAGCGCCCUAAUCCAUCAUCUGCCAUCAAAAAAGAAACUAAAUCUUCUGUAGCCUUCCUCGGUAAUUCGUUGAGGCGUCUUAGAAGAGGCCACACACCUAACCCUAUGGUGAUCGGGUGCAGCGCAGAUUGCAAGCACAUGCCUGCUGACGGCACCUACCCCGAUAUUCGUCGAGAGUUUGUUGAACAGCAAAGCUACGCCAUCCCCUAUGAUGACUUGGAUCGAACUUGCAAAGACUCGACACCGACGCAAGUCAUUGCUUCUGUUCUGCACAAGCGUAACGAAGAACCAAAACUCUUCAACAAUACCAGCAGAGAAGCGACCAACCAACAGAAUGAUGAGGACGGAAUCUCUGACGCCGAUGACCUGAACUACGCAGUGCCGUGCUCCGAGGUCUCGACAGCACUUUAGCUGCCGUCUGAUAAUUUCCUUGGACAUUAAGGUGAAAAGAUUUGGAAAGCCGCAAAAGUGUAGUCCAUUAUUUUUAUAUUGUGAAAUUUAAAUUGAUAAUGAGACUGUAAAGUUACAAGUGGGUGUGCUCAUCUUUAAAUGCUAUGAUUCGAUCAAAUUACCGAUAUGCUAAGGUUGUGGUCCAGUAUUAUUACAAAGAAUAUUUCUGCAUCUCCUGACAUCAUUGUGGAUUACAUUUUACGAUGUUACGGUGAGAAAGAUUCUAAUUAUCAUCCGAAUUCUAUCACAAGAAUUCUGCGUGUUCGCAUGUGCAGUAUGCUGAGACUUGUUGCAUGAAAACUAAUGUGAUAAAAAGAUGACUAUUUGUGUUCCCUGCUCGAGCCCCGUUUGUAGGUUGAAGCAAUACAAUGAACGAAUAGUUUGUAAGUUAUCAGUUCUAUUUUCUAGAAGCCAGUUACUGGCCACUGAAAAUUAAAGUUGCUGGUAAAUUGUCAUUUAGAAUUAAUAAUGAUUUCAAUUAUAAUAUCUUCCGCGAAAAGUACUAGCUUAAUUCUCUAUCGCAUGAAGGGAAGCCGUGAAAGGCCACUGAUGUAUGAAUAGUUUUUAAGAUUAUUAGUACCGGACCUUCAGGCACGGAUAACAUUGGUGACUGUUAAUUAAUGUAACCGUAGAUUAAGUGUUACAUAACUUAGAGACAGCCAAUGGUCGGUCAUAAAUAGUGGUAAGUUCAUUGUUGAAAUAGGAUAGUAGUAGCCAAUAGAGGGGUGCGUUAAUAGAAGUAAUACGUUGUGGGUAUUAUUUAGAUAAGCUAGUGAAAGCUAAUGAAAGACUGCUAAUUAAUAAUACUUUGAAGGUUCGCUGUGCAUACAAAUUAUAUGAAGCAAAUGAACUAAAAAUAUUUGGGAGUUUUUCGUUACUAAGUUAUAAUGAAGAGCUGUUUGAAGUGUCAACAAAGGCUGUGCUCUGUGUUCCCUAUUAUUAGUUUAUCUACUAUGUAUAUGGUAAGUAAUUAUAAUCUGAUCGUGUUCAUUACCGCAUCUGUUUAGAACAUUUUACAAUAAUUUUCUCCCGUAAUAUUCCCGUUCUUUUUCCUUGAAAUGUGCUCAGUACUCUAAGAACGUAAAACAGAAACAGUGAUGUUGAGAGAGUUAUAUUUUACAUUAGUUAGUCCUUCCAUUUUUGUGUUUGAAAAAUUUCUCAACCUGACUUCUUGGAGCGAUACGAUCAAGAAGAAGUACUGGAUUGUGUUUAUAAGACCAAGCCGCUGCUCUCGUGAUCAUUAUUUUAAUUGUUACUUGCACUUAUUAACUGUGUAUCGAAACUUUCGCCAGCUUCCACAAUUAUCCAUUUAAUGUUGAUGUCCAUUCAUAGUUUGCCUAUUAUUUCCUUUAUUGAAACUUUGGUUAUAAUUUAUUAUGCACUACCUUUGACAAGUUAUACCUAUGUUUUGAAAACCUACAUUUUUCACUACUUUGGAACGCCCGCCAUAUUUGAUAAAACUUACUCUGUAC